AAAUGUUACAAGGGCCGGAAAGGACCAAUGUUAGGGGAGCAUACGUCACUCACUUUUACCCAAAAUAUAUUUCCACCGAAGGUCCAAAUUUCUGCCGGCCGUCGAAAUAUUAAGUGCAUUUCCCGCUCAGCGGAACUGGCCGCGGUCAAAUGGCGAGCAAGCGGCUGUCGUAUCCGUCCGCGUUGAUUUUAGGGGGGCUCGGGGUAAGCGUUCACCCAGCUCAGCAUCAGUGAAAAUGGCUCUGGCUAACGACUGGAAAACGGCACGCAGAAAUGGAAGCGGACCGUAGCUAGCUAGGCAGCUCGUACUAGAAGGCGUGACAGGGCCUCAUCCAUCUGCAACUGUGCGCUGCAACUGGAGGCGUAGGAUUGCCGAUUUGCGUUAAAAUGAGCGGCAGUCAAAUAUGCGACAGAAUACUCCCCUUUAUUGCAAAGGGAUCUCACUCCCCUAAGGGUUAAUUGCUACAGUUAGAGGACUCGUUAGGAUUUUUAAGAGGAGCGUCGUGGCUGAACAAGGAUGAGGAACCUUGAUUAGGGGAAGGAAAAGCUCAACGCAUCAAUUCUGAGAGGAAGCAAGAAGUCACUUUUUGACCUAUUUUUCCGUAGAAACUUUUUAAAAGUAUUUUGAAAUUUUGGUAAAAUACCUCUUCCUGCCAGAAAGACAGCUCACCCUGCUUUUGGUCAUCAGUUUGUCACCUGAGCAGUAGAUAGUCUACAGGGAAUGGCAGCCUGAGAGGUAAACAGUCUCAAGAGAUGACCUUAAAGCUCUUGUUUUAGUAGGAAAGUAGCGACAGAGCUUCACCCCAAGGGUAAAGUCUGACUUUCACCAGUCACAGGUGGGAUCACUAUUGCCGCUCAUUGUGCUGGAGGUUUGGCCCCUGCACCCCCAUGUGCCAGUGAGUGGGAAAUGUUCCAAUUUGGAAAAUACAAUCUGGACAUUAUAGAGAUGUUAAGUGGGCACCAGGCCCACCAGUUCAAAGGCCUCGGUUUAGAUCGACAGCUACAGCAUCAGCAGCAAGUGCAACUUCACCAGCAUCAACUCCAGCAGCAGCAGCAGCAGGCUGAGUCAUCUGGAGCUCUUCUGUCUGGACUUGGCUUGGGCCCCCUGCAGGGGUCUAGAGGUAACGCCUUUUCUGAUUCUGCCUCCAUUUUUGCCAAGAUGAGUGCCCCUCCUCCCCCACCUUUACAACAACAGCCCUCCUCAUCUCAGAGCUCUCGAUCAAAGUCAAGCAAGAUGAGCAGCAGCAGUUCAAGCCACUCUUCAGGCUACCCGCAGUUCCUGCGCUCUUUCCACCCGUCUGAGGCAGCACUAGCACAGGAGCAGUUACAUCCAGGUGUAGGGCGCUUUGAGCACUUUACUGGGGGGAGUAGCAGUAGUGGGAGUGCGGGGGGAUUAGGAGGAUUAGUAACAUCAGCACCUCCACCCCCUCCUCCUUUGCAUCCCGGCCUCUCUGUUCCCCAGGCAUCACCUGGCCCCUCCUCGUCUUCUCCUUCCCCCUCAACCUCAGUGGCAACUUCUAAUAUCCCUUCUAGCAGCAGUGCAGUCAGCUCAUUGGGACACCAGUUGGUUGGGGCCCAGUCUGAUGCACGGAGCCUUCACCAACAGUUUAGUUGCAUGCUAGCUGCCAAUCAGUAUUUUCUUUCUGGGGUGCCUGCUAAUGCUAGCUUAGAACAAUUUCUCGUUCAACAGGGAACCCAUAACCACUUAGGGAUCGGUUUAAGUCAAAGCAGCGGAGAGUCGAGCUCUAGCCUUGCUCCGCCUCCUGCUUUGCAUUCUUCUCACCCACACGGGCACUCCACACCCCAACCCCAGCAGGCCUCACAGCAGCCCCCUCAGCAGCAACAGCUUCCACCUCACACUCUUUCUCAUCCUCACUCUCAUUCUCAUCCUCACCAUCCUCUCCAUCCAGGCUCUCAGUCUUCAUCACUUGGUAGCUUUGACUUCCAGGGUAUUCCAGUUCUUUCAUCAAAUCAGAUAGCUUCUCUGAUGCAGCAGGAAGCAGGGUUGCCCCUUCCACUGCCACUACAUUUGUCCUUAUCUAAGGAGGACGGCAAAGGCGAAAGCAGUGGAGGUGGUAGUAGCAGCAGUAGCAAUAGCAGUCGGAGGAAGAAAGCUAUGGCUGGCUAUUUGCCACAAAGAAAGUCCGACAGCAGCAGCAAUAGUGGUAGCACCCACGGGCACAAUAGCCACAGUGGUAACCCUAACACUAAUAGUAAUGGGGGGCUAAGUCACGGACAGCCUCCAGCUUUAAUUGGGAGUGGGGUCGGUUUGGCUAGUAUGGCAGGAGACCCAUCUUCCCUUCUGGCCUCAUCAUCUUCAUCCUCAUCUGUAGUUUCUUCUUCCUCCUCCUCUGCACCCUCUUCCACUGCUGCCUCAGUACUGGUUACCAAUGAUUCCCAGCUUUCUAAAUCUGAUAACCAGAGCUCAAUGCAACCUGGUGGCACAGAGUCUGGCACAGAGUCUAUUUAUAGCUGUGGAGAUUGUGGCAAAAGCUUCCCUCAACUUUCAAGCCUUCGCAGGCAUUUGCGCAUGCAUGAGCCAACUACAGCAGGUACUAGUAACACAGCCACUACAGGCCCCAACCCUAUUCACAUUAAAACACAGUCUGAUCCAAGUCUUCCCCAUUCGACCCAAGAAACUCCCCAACCCUCAACUAAUUCUUGUCCUAGUCCAGAAAAAGUAUUUCACUGCCCCGAUUGUGGCAAAGGCUUUAAGAAAAAGGGCCACCUCCUGCAACACGGUGUCAUACACUCUUCCGCCCGCCCGUAUGGCUGCUCCACCUGCUCUCGGGCUUUUAAUCGUAGAGAGUCACUGACACGCCACGAGAAGAUACAUGAGGAAAAGCCGUUCCGAUGUCCUGCCUGUGGCCGUGCCUUCCGUGAGAGCACCUCUCUUCUGAACCAUGCUGCCUCAGGCACCUGCGGCAAGCCAGGUAGGGGACCCAAACAUCGGGGCAGCAAGACAGGAACAGAUGGGGAGGACACAAUUGGGGUAGGGGGUGGAGGAGGCAAUGGAGGAGGGGGUACUUAUCAGAGCAAUAGAGGGGUUGUUUAUGGGAAAGCUGAGGAAGAGGAUGGUGUAAUCAUUGUUGGGGAAGGGGAACCAAAGUCAGGGCUAGGAUGUGAUGGUCUGUUUCAAUCUGGAAGGGGAGGGAAUUCAAAUGACAGAGACAGAACAGACGGUAAAUAUCCCACUGAUUACUCUCGGAAUCGUUACACAGGCUACCAUGAUGAACACCGUUCUCAAGGUAACCCAUCUCCAUGCUACUCUGGUGCCUCCCCCUGUGGGAGUGGGAUGACGGGCCCAGCUCUGAGAAAGGCACCCUUGGCCCCAACACUGCAUCCACACUCACAGAGCCACAACCAGCACCACCAUCCGCAACAACAGCCCCACCUGCCUCUUUCUUCUCUACUGGAUGACUCAGAAGAUGAUGUCACUAGCUCUGUCAACAAUGCAAUCUCUGCUAUAACAGCUGCUAGUAACAGUGGAAAUAGAGGGGAUGAUAGGGGAGACAUCAUAGGAGGCCUUCUAGGUGGUCUUGGUUUAGGACAUCUGGGCUCACCUUCAUCCACAUCUGGCAUGGAUAAGAGUUUCAGAGGCACUGGGAGCCAGGAGGCAAUGAGCAGUAACCCACAGAACCAUAUUCCUAAACCAAAGCGUCCUCGCAAACCAAGAGCUAAGAAAGAGCCUGCAGCUAGUGGACAGCCCCAAAAACGAAGGCAAUACACUCCCAGAAUGGGGUCUAGUGGGCUUCCGCGUACUCAUCUUUGCAGCGUCUGCGGUAAGGGAUUUGCACGCCGAGAGACCCUGCGGAGGCACGACCGCAUCCACACUGGAGAAAAGCCCCAUCACUGCACCAUUUGUGGCAAGUAUUUCAGAGAGGCUUUCCACCUCAGCAAGCACCAGACUGUCCAUUCCGGUGCAAAGAAUUACAAAUGCACCAUCUGUGGGAAAGAGUUUGGUUACUCCCAGAGUCUCAGGAGGCACAGCAAACUGCACCAGAAAGGGGAACUCGAAGAAGUGCCGGCAACACCAGCUCCCGAGAACCUCAACAGCUUUAACUCAAAUCCCCAAUGUAGCGUGGCACAAGACAGGAGCCAAAACCAAGCGACUAGCACGUCCUCCUACUACCCCUACUCUCAAGAUAUUAAGCCUCAAGACACCAACCCUCAGCCUCCACCUCCACUUCAUUCACAAGCCCCACCACCACCUCGACUUUACACCUGUGCUAUAUGUUGGAAGUCUUUCCGUCAUCACUUCCAUUUGACAGCCCAUCAUCAGACAGUUCAUGAAGGAGGUGGUGAAAAGCUGUUCUGCUGUGAGGUGUGUGGGAAAUCGUUCGCCUACUCCAACAGCCUCACUCGACACAGGCAGUCUCAGCACGGUAUGACCCGCACUGAGCCAUCUAACCCUCAAGAGGGCAGCAGCGGGUCCGGAGACAACAGAGGUUCUAGUGACGUCAAUCAGUCAGCAUCUGAGAAUGAGGCUGCCACCAAUGCCUUGCUUCAGAUGACGCCUUCCAAUGAAGCCCACGGAGGGCAGGGCCUUAGUGUUGUCACUCAUAGCCAUCAACAGGGACCCCCCCAGCCCCCAGGUGGCUAUUCUCCCCUCUUUUAUGAUGCUGCCGCUGCCCAGUCUUCUGCCUCCAAUGCUCCGUCUUACUCUCAGCCUCUGCCUCCCAACUCUACAAUCAUGCCUCCCCAGCAUCCACACUCCCCUGCCGGAGUCAAAGGAGAGCACAUUUAUCCAGCCGGAUCCCGUAGCCGCACUCUCCACACCACUGCCCCGUUCCAGCCUCUCACGGAACUGCCCUCCACUGAGCAUCACCAUCUACAUCACCAUCAUCAUCACCUCCACAGUCAUCCUCAUCAUCAGUCAGACACACAGUCCCACCAACACUUUGACUGCAACAUCCAGUUGUCACAAGAUGAAAUGAAACGGCACAAGAAGAAAAAAAAAAAGUCAGAGAGGAGCGAUUGGAGGGAAAAUAAAUGGGAAUCCUCUGAUUUAGUUAGAUUUCACGGAGUGAAAAGAAAGAAGACAGCUAGAGGGCAGUUGAAUAAAAAACAAGGCUCUCUGCGCUUGACAAUUAAGAGAGGAGAAGGAUCAGGUGGUGGGUAUAAGCUUGUCAACACGGGCGGAAUAAAAGUACAAAUCCUGUCAUCUCUCAAAGUCCCUGUGAAGCGAUUCGGAUGCCCCCUUUGCCCUAAUUCAGUAUUUUCUCGAAAAGCGGGACUACUCAUCCACAUGGUAGUCAAACAUCCCCAGAAGGCCUUGAGCACUCAGGAGCGACUAAGGUGCAGUGUGUGUGGGAAGCAGUCCCACAGGCCUUUGGCGGCCUACAUCCAUCGGGCCUCCCAUCGAUCCAGAGGAACCUUUUCCUGUCGACACUGCUCUGCUCGCUUUUGGAAUGCUACUCUCCUUCACAGGCACAAAGUGUCCUGCCACCGCAGGGCUAAAGGACUGCAGAGGGAAGGUUCUAAAAGGCUGACGCUUUCUAAGAGACCAGAAGAGACACAGACCUAUGAAGGUCACGAGGAGAUGCCAUUCCUACAGGAAACAUACAGAUACUGAGCAUUCUGGUUUAUGAAAGAGUAGGACUGUUUUUUUUUUUUAAAGGUCAACAAAGGCAAAUGUGAGCGAACAGACUUGAAAAGGCAUCCGCUGCCUUGUGGAGGAUUGAAAUGCCUCAUGUCUCUGUUGCAUCUCCUCUACUGACUAUUAGAAUGAGUGUGUUCCCAGCUACUGUAGAGCACCCUAUAAAAUAUCAACAGAAAUUCUUCCAGAUUGUAUUGGAAGGUAUUUUCAAAUAUGUGACUGUUUCUAUAGGGUCAUUAUUAACCCCCUUAAGUGCAUUGACACUAUGCUUGGCUGACACUGUGCAGUUUAAUAGACACAACUAGGUAAAAUUACCUGCUAAUGUAAACCAUAACUAAACUCUGCUACAACUCUUACUGUAUGAUAAAUGUCUCUUGUGUAUUUUGUCUUGUUGUUCACUUAGAGGCUCUGAGGAUUUUUUUUUACUGUAAAAGUGCAUUUAUUAGGAGUAAGGACAAGGGGACAGAGACCUUUUCGUUGUCAGUGCAUGUUUGUUCUCUGGUCAAGUUUUUGCUGAGGUUGUGAGAUCACUCCUGCAGUAUGUGAUGGUUCAUUCAGUAUAUCCCCAGACGUUUGUAGUGUAAACUUGAUUUGAGAAGUUGCUCUGUAUUCCCUCGUGAUCCAAUCACAAAUAGAUCAAUUGUCAAAGUUUCUGGCAGUUAGCAUAACAAGGAUCCCCUCGCCUGCCAAAAUGAAGACUCCUACAAGAAGCCUUGCGUAUGAUUUUCACUUUAAAGAUUUGAAAUAUUCCUAGCUUUUAUACCAAGAGACUGAAAACAAGUGAAACAAAUUGACUGUAACAUGUUUAUUCCAUGUUAUUUGUAUGCUCUUUUUAGCAGUGAUUAUUUCUAAAGUACCUUUUAGUGUGUUUAAAACAAGGACCUAUCAUUAUAGAAAAUAAUGUAAUAUUCUGUGUAUUUUUGUGUGUAAUCCAAUCAUGCUGAUCUCACAUUUAACCCCACAUGUUUUCUCAUUUUUGCAGAGUUGCAAUGACUUUAUUGCUGUCACACCUUGUUUGUUUUUUUUCUUUAAAGAAAAUAGUCAUUUUUAAGUAUAUGUCACUUUAUUCAUAUAUGAAAUGUUCAUACCCCUGUCAAUUUUUUCUUCUAAAGAAAAUUAUAGUUUUAGUAGAUUUCUAUCACAUUAUUUACUGAAAUGUUAGUAGUUGAUUAUAUUUCAGCAAUGAAUAAAUCUUAAAUGUAAUAUUCUG